CCCUCCGACUCCUCUUCAUCCACUUAUUCUUCCUCCCCCUCCUCCUCUUCCUCGUCCUCCUCCAUUUACUCUUCUUCCUCCUCCCCCUCCAAAUCCUCUUCAUCCACUUAUUCUUUCUUCUCUCAUCUUCAUCUUCCUCUUCCUUCUCCAUUUACUCUUCCUCUCCCUCCUCCCAUUUCUCUUCCUCUUCCUCCAACUUGUAUUACUCUUCAGCUAAACCUUCCUGCUCCUCUUCCUCUUUCUCUUCUCCUUCUCCUACUCCAGCCCCUCUUGAUCCACUUCUUCUUCCUCGCCCUCCUUUUUCUCUUCCUCCUCCUCCAACUUAUAUUUAUCUUUUUCUCUUCCUCGUCUUCAUUUUCCUCUUUCUCUACUACUCCUCCCACUCCAACUCCUCUUCAUCCACUUAUUCUUCCUCGCCCUCCUCCUCCUAUUCCUCCUCCAACUCUUAUUACUCUUCAAUUACACCUUCCUGAUCCACAUCCUUUUUCUCUUUUCCUUUCCUCCUACUCCAGCCCCUCUUCAUCUACUUCUUCUUCCUCGCCCUCCUCUUUCUCUUCCUCUUCCUCCUGCUCGAACUUAUAUUUCUCUUUUUGUAUUCCUAGUUGUUCGUUUUCCUCAUUCUCUACUCCUCCUCCCACUCCAACUCCUCUUCGUCUACUUAUUCUUCCUUGCCCUCCUCCUCGUCCUCCUUUUACUCUUCCUCUUCCUCCUUCAACUCUUAUUACUCUUCAUUUACACCUUCCUGCUCCACAUCCUCUUUCUCUUCUCCUUCUCCUUCUACACCAGCCCCUCUUCAUCUACUUCUUCUUCUUCCUCCUCCUCCUCCUCCUCCUCCUCUUCCUGGAAAGUCGCAUCCGUCUUCUGACCAUUCAGUGA